UGGCCCCAGCCAAAGGACAGCUCCAGCAAGGGUCAGACUCUUAUUGACCAACGCAAGGACCUGGGAGGACAGUGGCUAUUCACCUCAUUCUUCAAUCUUUCUUUUUUCUAGGGCAAGGAAGUGUGCGGCACCACAAACAAUGCGUCUAUUACAAGAGGCCCAGAAGUUGCAGGCUCUGUACCAGUCCCUGGCCAAAAGCAUCCCGGAAUCCCUGAAGGUAUAUGGCUCCAUUUUCCACAUUAGUAGGGGAAAUCCUUUCAACUUGGAAGUUCUAGUGGACUCCUGGCCAGAAUAUCAGACUGUCAUUACUCGGCCUCAGAAAGAGGAAAUGACUGAUGACAUGGAUCAUUACAUAAACUGUUAUCACAUCUUCACCAAAGCUCCUGAGACAUUACCAGAGAUCCUGGAAUCUAAUAAAGUCAUUAACUGGGAUCAGAGUCUCAGAAUCCAAGGUUUACAACAGAGUUUGGAUGAGAAAAUAAAAAGUGUUGCAGCUUCAAAAUCAGUGCAAAUAGAUUAUUCCAAGUGUUUUCUCUAUACAACAGAAGCUACACUGCAAAUGAAGUCUCCCAAUAAAAGAAUAUUUAGGAAAUCCCAGGAAACAGAUAACCAAAAUAUUGGAAAGUUUAAGAGUGAAGUUGAUGAGUUCAAACCUACCUUCCUGGAUGUCUCUCAUUCUGAGCUGGUGAACAAAAAUUGGAAAUUUGGAAAGAAUGAGAAGAGUCUGAGAUACAUCAAAAGAUGUAUCCAGAACUUUCCUGCAUAUGGUCUGCUUGGUCCUGAGGGGAAUCCCAUAUCCUGGAAUGUGAUGGAUGCAGCCUGUGAAUUAAGGAUGGCUUAUACCCUGCCAGAAUAUCAAGGCAGGGGCAUGUUAAGGCAGAUGAUGAAUCCAUAUAUGAAAUAUCUUCAACAGAAUGAGAUUCCUUUUUAUCUCUUUGUGGAAGACAAGAAUGAAAACUCCCACAAAGCAGUGAGGCAACUGGGUUUCCAAACCAUGCCUUGUGGUUGGCACCUAUGGCAAAGUAUCCCAACAAGAUUUCAGCAAUUGCCUCAUUUCUAAUUCAGGCUUUAGAAGUCUCCAGUUGUAAACUCCACUUGUAUUUUUAUUAUAUCUUAUUUCAACAUUGGACUCUCCCUAUCUUGCUCAGAUUAGAAGGGCAGCAGCCAUUCAUGGUCCCAGUCCCACUGCUAAUAUGCACAGAAGCUUUGACUGGCUCAAAUUCCAACCCAGGCCAGUUUGGUCUUUCUUCAGCAUCUUGGUGACCCCCCAACCUUAGAGGCCAGAAGUAGUUCAGACAUCUGAUUGGAGUCAGUGUUAUUGCAGCUCAGAACUCCUGAGCUCAAGUGAUCCCUCAACUUCAGCCUUCCCUUAACCCAGCAGACAACAGAGAUAUGGGCUACCAUGUCCAGCUUCUUCCCCAGCUUUUCACAAAUUCACUAGAGGCAGUAUCCAUUGAGGUCAGCCUUUGAAUAUGAGAGAUGAUUGUCCUCCAUUUAGUGAGCCUAUCUUUAUGGAGUGAACUCAAACACUGCCAAUACUUCAAACUAACUCCUUGCAACUUCUCAGGCUGUUCCUCAUGUCAGAAAUGCUCUCAUUUCUCAUCCGAGGUUUUACAUAGUUGUUCCUCUCCAUCCCCCUUCAAUGCUAGAGUCUUCUCCGACCAAAUUAUCUUUCAUCCACUCUGUGGAUAUCUUAUAUUACAUGUUAUUUACAUGUUGUCUCCCACAAUAUGGCAGCACCAUGUGUGCUAGGGUUGGAAUAAGGAAGACUCAUCUUCAUGAGUUCAAAUCUUGCUUCAGAUACUCGACCCUGUUUGCCUCGGUUUCCUCAUCUGUAAAAUGAGUUGGAGAAGGACAUGGCAAACCAUUCCAAUAUCUUUGCCAAGAAAACCCCAAAUGAGGUCAAGAAGAAUGAGAAAAAAAUUGGAAAAAAUGACUCAAGUCCAACUCCUACAUUAUAAUUUUUUAAAGUUAUGAUCCUAAUAAACAGAAUAAAAUGGAAAUCUCCAUAUAUGUGUAUACAUAUAUGUAAAUAGUGUAUAAUAGAAGAGAAUUUGCAUAGAAAACUGAAGAUCUCUAUUGUGUACAACUUGCUUUGCUUUUAAAUAUAUAAUAAAUUCAACAUGUAACUUUCAAAGCCAUCUUGCUGUUGUGAUCCUAAUUCCAACCCUUCCUGCUACUCUUCAGUUCAUUUUUUUUAAAAGGAUCUUUGAAAGACCUAUACGAAGUAAUGAAGAGUGAAAAGAGUAGAACCAAGUGAACAUAAUAUAUAGCUAAAGAAUCAACACCUGAAGAAUAUCUUGUGGAUCCAGAGGAUGAACUGAGAAAUAGAAACAUGAAAGACACGAUCUACAUAUACAUAUCUUUCUAUUGGAUGAUACCUUAAUCCAUAGUAUAGGAAAGAAAAGAAAGGAUAGAGAUACCCAGGGGAAAACUCAUACUAAAUAAACAAACAUAAAAACGAGCAAAAAAGGAUCUUUAAUGGCCCUCUUUCUUUCCUUUUUAAAAUUUUUGCUUUCCUAACCAUAUUCUACUUUCUCAUCUUAUUCCGCCUCCAAAUGCAGAAAAGAAAAGGAAAAAAAAAACCCUUGUAAUAAAUGCACAUGAUCAAGGAAAAAUAA